AAUCAAUGGUAUCCACCAACAGAGCCUGUAUCAACUACCACAGGUUAGAUCCAGGCGUUGCUGAUGGUCAACGUAGGUCACAAACUUAGUAGCUUUAAAGCAGCCAAUCAAUUUUCUUCCUUCAUUUCCUAGAAAAAAUGAUUUAGGCCAACCUCUGAUAAAUUGAAUAUUUUUUCGAACGUAGCUGCCAAAUGCUUCCCAGCCUCACUAUCAACACAGACGGCACUGCAGCCAAGGUUGUCAAGGAAACCGUCUCUCACAAAAGAUACAUUACCGUUUGGGACAGAACAACCCAAUUCAACGAUGGAAGAGUCAUUCAAUGGGAUGUCGUAGGUCAUGACACACCUUAUCCUACUUUUGUCGUUGUAUUCACCUUUGACACCACCAAGAAAACCACCUGUAUCUUGAAGGAGUAUGCACAAGGAACAAACGAAAUUAAAUACACUUGCGUCGCAGGUUCGUACGACAAGCGUAAGCAUAACAGUGUUCUUCAAGCAGCACAACACGAACUCUCGGAAGAAGCCCACUUGAAAGGAGGCGAAUGGAUCAGUCUAUUACCCAAGGAUCAUUCACCCGACGGUAUCAGUGAAUUAAAAUGGGGUAAAAAUCGAUUUAUUCCGUAUCUGUGUUUAAACCCAACGUUGGAUGAAAACCCUUUAGCAAGAGAUGCAGAAGAAUACAUGCAGGUUGUGAAUGAUGUGCCCGUCAAGGAGCUGGAGAACUUUAUCACGCGUGGUGAAAUGAUGUUACCAUCUGUUCAAACUGCUUGGAUGGCACUUGUUUAUUUAAGAGAACAUGCGUUGCUUUAAAGAAUGUGCGAAGGUUUUGUCAACUUGACCAGUCUUACAAGGCGUUCAUGAUCCUAAUUCACCCCCAUCAUUAUUUUGUCAGUAAACCCAAAUUUAGAUCUUUUUUCCUGUGUUGAUUACCUUUUUUAAUUGUGUCAAUUCACGCUGGAGCACAAAAAGGGAUUUAUCCCCUUGCAAUGGCUUUUUGGCUAAUUUGCUCAUAAAGGCAUCCAAAUCCUCAUCAUCUUCUUCCUUUUUCUCUGUUCCCAU